AUGUGUUCGAUAUUUCACAAUCGUAUUAACUAUCGCGGUGGUGGUGGCAGUACGGCGAACAGCAGCAACAACAACAGCAGUGCCAAUUCCAAUUCUCCCGAGAGCCCGCCAACAUUAACCAAAGAUUUAGAUCCGGAUAGCAAUAACAAUGACAAUGAUAGCAAUAUAAUGUCCCAUAAAAGUGAAACUCCAUCAGAGGAACGUGACGAAGAACUGAAAAGCUCUCGUACUCCAUUGGCCAUAAAUCAAAAUUCUAAAGGUGAUAAUGAUGAAAUCCGACAGGUGGUGGAUGAGGAAGAUGAGACCAGUAAUGGACCCACUGACAGGGGAAAAGCCUUCAAAGAAGAAGCUUUGGAUCUGUCGGUAUUGCCAAAUGGUUUGGCCACAAAGGGCCAUGUGGCCUUGGAAGCCCUACAACAUACCAAAGUAGCAGUGGCUCAAUUUGCGGCCACGGCAUUGGCCAAUACCCAAUAUUUUGGUGAUACUCCCACUCCCGAUUUGGCAGCCAUCUUGCAGCGGCAACAUUUAAUGCAAUUACAAUUUAUACAACAUUUACAAAGUCAAUUGAAACGUAGGGAUCGUGAGGGGGAAGAUGAAGCGGAAGAUAUUGAAGAUGAGGAGGAAGAAAUGAGGGCGGAGGAGGAGGAACAGAGGCGCCAAGAAAUCCAUGAACAAAGACUUAAGAACAUGGCAAACAAAAACGAGAACGGUGAUGAUGAUGAUGACGACAAUUCUUGUCAAAUAGAUUUAACCCAAUCCACAACAAGAAGAAAUUCCUCGGAAGAUCUGUUACCACGUGACAAGUCGCCCACAAAACAGGAGGAGAAUCUGAACAGCAAGACUGAUCAAGAAGAAUUUAUGAAAAAUUCCAAGGACAUAGACAAAGUGCAAUCACCACCCCAUUAUCAGCCAUUACUGAGCGGCAUAAGCUCGUCAUUGGCUUCAACUAUUAUUACCGAUCAUGAUCCCAUACCCCCGCCAAGUGAAACCAAUUGUUUGGAAAUGUUACAGCGUCGGACGGAAGAGGUUCUCGAUUCUGCUUCGCAAAGUUUACAUGCCUCUCAAAUGCAAGAUGAAUAUGAAUAUCAGCAGAAGGAUGGCCAGGGCAGGGGAGAAAUUUUCAAACAUCGUUGUAAAUAUUGUGGUAAGAUUUUCGGUUCAUUUUCUGCCCUGCAAAUCCAUUUGAGAUCCCACACCGGGGAGAGGCCAUUUGUGUGUAAUGUAUGUGGUAGUAAAUUCACAACAAAAGGAAAUCUGAAGGUGCAUUAUCAAAGGCAUACACAAAUAUACCCGCCCAUUUUAAUGCCACCCGGUGUGGGACCACCUCUAGAAAUGCCUCCCACAGCAAUGAAUUCGCCAGCACCAACAUCAGCGCCGCAAACACAUCCACAUCCCCCUCCUCCGCCACCACCACCUGGGCUCUUAGGAAUGCCAAUUCGUUUGCCACUACCAUUUGAGAAAACACAACCUAAGGAUACAGCGGAACGGGAACGAACAAAAACUCCAGAAGAAACCAAAGAAGAACACGAAGAGGAAUCUAAGGAACAACCUCGAGAUUUAACAUCCUCAAAUUGUAAAUCCACAAUUGAUCAUCCUGAAGAUCUUAGUAAGCCGCCCAGUCGGGAAGAAGAGCCAAAACCUAAACCUUUGGUGAGAGUGAAAACACCACAAGCUUUAAUGGAACCCACAGGAAUCGAACAACAGCAACCACUGCCGUUGCCCCAGUUACCACCCCAGCAGUUAACAAACGAUAAACCAGAAAGACCCUUAGCAUCAAUCACACCAAAACGUAACAGCUCUCACAGAAAACGCAACUCCAACAGUUCCACACCACCACAGGAAUUUCGAAAAAGUUUCCCCGGCAACAGCAUGGACACGGUGGCGGAUGAACAUCAUCUCUCUAAACAUUUUCGACGAUCUUCUUCGUUAAGUCGCAACAGCAGUUUAGAACAUUUAACCGGUGAUUUUGGACAAGUUGAAACCUAUGUAGAUAAAUCAUGGGAAGAUCUAAUCGAAAUAGAUACCACUUCGGAAACCUCGAAGCUACAACAGCUGGUAGAUAACAUAGAAAAUAAACUCACUGAUCCCAAUCAAUGUAUAUUUUGCCAGAAGGUCAUGUCAUGUCGAAGUUCCCUGCAAAUGCACAUUCGUACACACACCGGGGAACGGCCAUUUCGUUGUAAAAUAUGUGGUCGUGCCUUUGCCACCAAAGGAAAUCUCAAGGCCCACAUGAGCAUACACAAAAUUAAGCCGCCAAUGCGGUCACAAUUCAAAUGCCCGGUGUGUCAUCAGAAAUUCUCGAAUGGUAUUAUUUUACAACAACACAUACGCAUCCACACUAUAGACGAUGGUUCGGGCGGAGCACCACAAAUUCCCGGUGCUUCCAGUGAAAUGGCUGCAGCCAUUGCUGAACACAAUCAACGUAUACGUGCCCACAUGGAGGCCGCCAUAUUGGAGGAUCAAAAUUCCAAUAAAUCCCUAGGAAACUCUGAGAAUUUUGAUUUUUCCACAACCUCUGAAUAUUCUGGUCAACGUUCGGAGUCGUCGCAGGGUGAUUUUGAUGAAUACAUGACAAUGGAGAGUACAGACGAUUCACGGGAAAAUACCUCAUCUCUUACCCCAUUGGAUAAACGUCAAUUUGAAGAUGCCGAUGAAAAGAGUGAGGCUGGUGGUGGCGGCGGUAAUGACACUAUGGAAUCUGGAAUUUCUCAAGCCAUGGAUUUAACAGCACGCAAUGGCCACUCUCAACUACCGCAAAGAGCUUUAGACCAUUUGCCGCAUUUGAUGGGUAUGCCACCGAAUAUUUGGCUAAUGGCUGCCGCACGUGAAGAAAUACAAAAUCUUGGCAAUCAGGGAAAAUUUCCAUUGUUACCAUUUGGACCAUUAGGAUUUAUGGGUGAGUAA